AAAACAGACCAUUGCCUUCCCCUACACAAGACCCGGUGAGCAGGAUGAGGUGGUAUGGAGUAGCCUCCAUAUUGUCGACUCUGUUCUGGCCGGCUUGUGCCAUCUUUGCCGACGAUGCCUUCCACAUAGACUUCCACCAUGCUCUUCUCGGAAGCCCGCAGCCUCAUACUACCUUUUUCCAUAAACCGCAUUCGAAUACCAACGCCUCUCUUCUCUACACCGUCUCCGACAAAGCUGUCCUAGGCGCCGUUAACCCCAAGGAUGGGUCAGCGCUAUGGCGUCAGCCUCUAGCGGGACAACCCGUUGACAAUGCGUCGAGUGCGUAUCUGAUUGCGGGGGAAAGAGACGGCCAGUUGGUGAGCGGAUAUGAUAGGACUGUGGCAUGUUGGGAUGCUCUCGAUGGGAGACUCAUUUGGGACUACACUCUGCCACAGGGAACUGAAAUAGGCGGACUGCAGGCCAUCCCCCUUCAAGGCUCUGCCACCGACGGGGUUAUGCAAGACUUUGUGGUUCUGGCUGUCCCGACGGACUCUCAAACGCAUAUUUCAAUCAGUCGAAUUGCUGGCGACGGCAGCGGACAAAAAUGGCAGCAUGUGGAUUCAAGCACUGCACAUGGUUCCUCUGCAUCAAUAGCAACCGCGUCUAAGCACAUUUAUUAUGUCACAACAUCUCACGGUUUGCUCACGAGCAACAAGGCGAAAGUCGUCACCUUUGAUAGCGCAAGAGGCCAUGAAAUCAGCCAAACGAGCGUCGCCGUCGAUUCAGAGCCGUUGGCAGCCGGCGGUCGACACGCAGCCGUUGCCUGCUCCAACUUUCCGUUCUUGAUCUCUGCUGAGAGACCGUUCAAGUCGGUCAAGUUCAGCCUCCUCAACAACCCGAAAGUAUCAUCUCUGCACUUGGACGAAAAGGGUGAAGAUAUCGAGGCUGUCACUGUCCAUGCCGUUUGUGAUCAAGCUGCAGCGACCCAUUUUCUCCUGCAUAUUAAAGGGAAGACACGACAGUGGGCCGAAGUCUUUCAUGUAAACACCAAAUCAGGAGAUGCUACGAAGGCCUAUUCACUGCCCGCUACGGAAGAACAGAGCGUCUUUACUGCAAGUAGCUACGAGGGGACUGCCUUUUUCAUUCGUUCCACCGAGUCGGAAGUAAUCCUGUACUCUUCGGAAUCUCACGGACAGCUAGGGAGGUGGAAAAAGACAAACUUCAAAACUUCCCCUGGGAGCUUCUACUCACACGCGACCGCCGAGGUUGUCAGCAGAGGGAAGGCCAGCUAUGCUGUUCGGGUAGCUGAAUUCUCCACGAGUGGAGAUUGGUCUCUUGUUCGCAAUGGAGAAUUACAAUGGAGCAGGCCUGAGAUGCUGGCCUAUGCGAAUCUCGCUGCAUGGGACGAAAACGGUGCUCCAGAUGCUCUGGCCGAGGAGCUCGAUCUUGAGUCUUCAGUUAACCCAUGGACGGCUUACAUCCAUCGUCUCAAGCGGCAUCUCCAUGAUCUCGCAUCACUUCCCGAGUACCUGCGCAGCCUUCCCGACACUGUUUUGAAAUCCACUCCUGAUGCUGAUAUGAUAACCCGCCAAAAUCUCGUGGGAACAAAAGUUGUGAUUGUUGCCACUACUCGAAAGGAAGUCAUCGCGCUUGAUGCCACCACUCCAGGCGUUCUCAGGUGGCAGUCAGAUCUUUCCAGCUAUGUCAGGGAAGAUGCCGAAAUGAAGUCUGUUACAGUUAGUGGCGGAAGAGUCUCAGUCUAUCUUUCCAAUGGGUCGUUAAUCGUUUUGGACGCGAAUAAUGGAAGCCUUAUCGAAAACAAACCUGGCACCAUCCCCAUUUCACAUCUCAUUCAUAUCCCGGGCAGUCCUGCACCUGCAGUCAUCAAAGUUGGAUCCGACGGCGUACCUCUCCUUGCCGAAGAUUUCCCCCCUGAGACUGCCCUUGAAGGCAACGUUGUGGUAACAAUAAGUCCAGAAGGAAAGGCUAUAGGAUGGACCGUCGGUCGCAACGUCGAGAAAACGUGGACCUUGAAACCACAAGAUGGGAUGAAGAUUGUGCGUGCUGUCGCGCGAGCAGAACACGAUCCAGUUGCAUCGAUUGGCCGUGUACUAGGGGACAGAUCUGUGCUGUACAAGUAUAUUUCGCCAAACAUUGCCCUCCUGUUGGCUACUUCGCAGUCUGGAGCGUUGACGGUCUAUUUAAUCGAUGCGAUAACAGGGGCUACUCUACACACCGCUACCCACUCCGGCGUUCUCAAGUCAGACAUCCCCGCCGUGAUAUCCGAAAACUGGUAUGCCUACACAUUCACCACCCGCGACCCAUUGACCUCUGGACUUUCCACCCAACUUGUCGUCUCCGAACUCUACGAAUCCUCAAUGCCGAACGAUCGGGGCUUGUUGUCAGCACGAACGAAUUAUUCCGUGUUCUCCGUUGACGGUGCCGCGGCCACACCCUAUGUGAUAUCUCAGUCAUACACUGUGGCUGAACCGAUUUCUCAUUUGGCAGUUUCACAAACCGCGCAGGGGAUAACUUCGCGCCAACUACUCGCGACAUUGCCCAACAGUAAUGCAAUAGUCGGGAUUCCCCGUGAGAUACUCGAUCCGCGGCGGCCAGUCGAGCGGGAUCCCAAUGCCACCGAACGAGAGGAAGGACUCACUCGAUACAUGCCUAACCUGGAGUUUGAUCCAAAAUACUACCUCACGCACUCGCGCGAAGUGUUGGGCGUCAAGGAGGUCCUCUCUUCGCCUUCUCUCCUGGAAUCCACGUCCCUAGUCUUUGCUUUCGGACACGAUGUAUUUGGCACGACAAUCACUCCCAGCAUGGCAUUCGAUGUGCUGGGAAAGGGGUUCAAUAGGGUGCAAUUGGUCCUCACGGUCGUGGCCUUAUUUGCCGGGGUAUGGGCGCUGAGACCACUGGUGAGAAAGAAGACGGUCGAGGGCCGGUGGAAGUAGGGAUCCCAUUUGAACAAUGUCGAGUGGAUCUCACGCGGAAGAGAUUGUUUUGUUGACUUCUCCGCCGUCACAAUGAAAUACGGUAGCAUCAAUGAAAGUGAUCGGAAAGAACAAGUCAAUCAGAUUACCUGGCUAUGGCGAUGGACCUGUGCAGCAUGCAGUGGAAUAUCGAAGCGCGAGCAAGAGAACUGUUGGCUCUGUGAUAGAAAAUAUCCUAGGAAUGAAGCCGAGAAAAGCAAGGAGUCUGUGUGGACUCGAGAUCUUUGAAUAGUGUCUUCUGUGCUCAUAGAAGGUACGUCGUUGUAUAGUAAGAACGUCGGUUGGUUACCAGA